AUGAAGGAACAUGAGAAAUGCUUGGACUCCCAAUUAUGGCAUGCUUGUGCCGGUAGUAUGGUCCAAAUGCCGCCAGUGAAUUCAAAGGUGUUUUACUUCCCUCAAGGGCACGCGGAGCAUGCCUCAGGAAAUGUCGAUUUUAGGAGCUGCGCUAGAGUUCCGGCAUAUAUAAUUUGUACAGUUUCUGCGAUUAAAUUCAUGGCUGAUCCUGAGACUGAUGAGGUUUUUACGAAAAUCCGAUUGGUUCCUGAUAAUGGAAAUGAGGCUGAUUUUGAUGAAGGUGAGGUUGGUGGGAUGAAUGGGUCUGAUAAUCCUGAUAAACCCACUUCAUUUGCAAAGACAUUAACACAAUCUGAUGCAAACAAUGGUGGGGGGUUUUCGGUACCAAGGUACUGUGCGGAGACAAUUUUUCCUCGACUAGACUACUCUGCUGACCCUCCUGUUCAGACGAUUUUGGCAAAGGAUGUUCAUGGGGAGACUUGGAAAUUCAGGCACAUUUACAGAGGGACUCCAAGGCGCCAUCUCUUGACAACAGGAUGGAGUACUUUUGUGAACCACAAGAAGCUCGUGGCAGGUGAUUCAAUUGUGUUUCUGAGGGCGGAAAAUGGGGAUCUUUGCAUUGGAAUCAGGCGGGCAAAGAGAGGAAUUGAUGGGGGACUGGAAACGCCAUCUCUGUGGAAUCCAGCAGGUGGAAGUUGUGUUGUGCCUUACGGAGGGUUUUCGGACUUUCUGAGGGAAGAAGAGAAUAGAUUGAAGAGAAAUGGUAGUGGAAAUGCUGGCAGGAAUUUGAUUGGCUGCGGAAGGGUGAAGCCCGAAUCAGUUAUUGAGGCUGCAUCUCUUGCUGCCACUGGACAACCUUUCGAGGUGGUUUAUUAUCCUCGAGCUAGCACUCCUGAGUUUUGUGUGAAGGCGUCUCUUGUAAAGGUGGCAUUGCAAAUUCGUUGGUGCUCUGGCAUGAGGUUCAAGAUGGCCUUUGAAACAGAGGAUUCUUCACGAAUAAGUUGGUUUAUGGGAACCAUAUCGUCAGUUCAGGUUGCUGACCCCAUUCGCUGGCCAGAUUCACCUUGGAGACUUCUCCAGGUGAUUUGGGACGAGCCUGAUCUACUUCAAAAUGUGAAACAUGUGAGCCCAUGGCUCGUAGAAUUAGUGUCAAACAUGCCCACCAUCCAUCUCUCUCCUUUUUCAUCACCACGGAAGAAAUUGAGAUUACCACAACAUCCCGACUUCCUUCUCGAAGGCCAACUUCCAUUGUCAAUGUUUUCGGGCAACCAUGUUCUUGGGUCCAAUAAUCCGUUUGGUUGUCUUCCUGACAAUACUCCUGCUGGCAUGCAGGGAGCCAGGCAUGCUCAAUGUGGUUUAUCAUUACCAGAUCUCCACCUCAAUAAACUGCAGUCAGGUUUGUUUCCAAUCGAUUUUAUGCCGCUCGAUCGAGCUUCUGUACACCAGGGAGCUUCCGAUCUAAUCUUACCCAAGCUAGGUAAUAACGAGAAUGUUUCUUGUCUUCUAACCAUGGGAAAUUCCAAUCAAGUUUCAAAAAGAACCGAUAACAGCAAGGCAGGCCAAUUCAUACUUUUUGGUCGACCAAUUCUUACUGAGCAGCAGAUUUCUCUGUGCUGCUCUGGCGACACAGUUUCACAGAUUCGCACAGGCAAUAGUUCUUCAGAUGGAAAUGCAGAUAAGACAGGAAAUACUUCUGAUGGAUCUGGUUCCGCCCUUAAUCAACAUGGUGCACCAGAGCGCUCAUCAUGUGAAGGUUUUCAUUUGGAGCUCAACUCCGAGACCGGUCAUUGCAAGGUUUUCGUGGAAUCGGAGGACAUAGGUCGCACGUUGGACCUUUCUUUGCUCAGUUCUUAUGAAGAACUAUACAGAAAAUUGGAAAAUAUGUUUGGUGUUGAUAUUUCAGAGAUGCUGACUCAUAUCUUGUACUGGGAUGUCACCGGUGCUGUGCGAAAACUUGGGGAUAAACCAUUUAGUGACUUCAUGAAAACAGCAAGAAGGUUGAAGAUUCUAACUGAUUCAAGCUGCAAUAACGCAGUAAUGUAG